GGGUUUGUGUUGCUGCAGAGACCGUGACGUCAUCGGACAGCAUGGCAGCAUCUGUCCAGAAAACUGCCUGAAGUGGUUUCUAACCUUUCCUAAUUGAAAUUCUAAUGCUAGAUAACCACUCACAAAUUAUUUGUGUUACCCGGCGAACACUCUGACGGCUGAUUGAACGAUAAAACGCGCUGGAGGGCAGGGCGGGGCGGGGCAGCUCGGAGGGGUCCUGCCGUUGCUGGGGGGUGACGUCAUUGAUCCGGGUCCUGGGGCCGGGCGCAGUGGCGGAGAUGGCGCCCGUGGCGGAGAGGAAGGUUGUGGGCGCCGCGGCCGAGAGUCAGGAGGCGGCGGAGGAGGACGAGGGGCAGAACCUGUGGACCUCAAUCCUCAGUGAAGUGUCUACCAGAUCUCGGUCGAAACUGCCCACUGGGAAAAAUAUUCUUGUGUUAGGUGAGGAUGGAUCAGGCAAGACAACACUCAUGGCCAAGCUCCAGGGUGCAGAACACAACAAGAAAGGGAGGGGCCUGGAAUAUUUGUAUCUGAAUAUACACGACGAAGACAGAGAUGAUCACACGCGAUGUAAUGUGUGGAUUCUGGACGGUGAGCUGUACCAUAAGGGCCUUCUUAAGUUUGCGGUUUCUGGGGAUAACUUGAAGAACACUCUGGCUGUCUUUGUGGCAGACAUGGCCAGGCCUUGGACUAUCAUGGAUUCAUUGCAGAAAUGGGCGAGUGUUUUGCGUGAGCACAUUGACAAACUGAAGAUUCCACCUGAAGAAAUGAGGAAAAUGGAACAGAAAUUGGUGAAAGAAUUCCAGGAGUAUGUAGAGCCUGAGGAAGGAUCUCAUGGAUCCCCACAGAGGAGAGCUCCCGUGCCUGGUCAGGAAGAUGAGGAGGUUGUCUUGCCACUGGGUGAGAAUGUACUUACGCACAACCUGGGCAUCCCGGUACUGGUCGUCUGCACAAAGUGUGAUGCUGUCAGUGUACUAGAGAAGGAACACGAUUACAGGGAUGAGCACUUUGAUUUCAUUCAGUCACAUAUUCGUAAAUUCUGCUUAGAGUAUGGUGCUGCCUUGAUUUAUACAUCAAUAAAAGAAGAAAAGAACGUUGAUCUCUUGUAUAAAUAUCUUGUCCACAAAAUGUAUGACUUCCAGUUUACUACACCUGCCUUAGUGGUGGAAAAAGAUGCAGUUUUUAUUCCUGCAGGAUGGGACAAAGAUAAGAAAAUUGCUAUUUUGUACGAGAACUUUGCGACAGUGAAGCAAGACGAUGCCUAUGAGGAUAUCAUCGGGAAACCUCUGGUCAAAAAGCCAGUCCAUGAUAAAGAAGUGGCCUCGGAGGAUGAGCAAGUUUUCCUCAUGAAGCAGCAGUCUCUCCUCGCCAAACAGCCAGCCGCUCCUUCAAGACCUGCUGACACUCCAAGGCAACCAGGUGGCUCCCCCAGGACCCCACGACAACCAGGUGGGACAAAUAUGGUGACUGCAGUGCCACCUAUCACAUCGGGAACUCCGAAAGGUCCUGCUGCUGCAAAUGAAGGAGUGCUGGCCAACUUCUUUAAUAGCUUAUUGAGUAAAAAGACAGGUUCUCCCGGGAGUCCUGGAGCCGGAGGAGUACAGAACACAGCCAAGAAGUCAGGGCAAAAGCCGGUUUUAACAGACGUUCAGGCAGAACUGGACAGGAUGUCUCGAAAACCAGAUUCCGUAGUCACAACAAACAGUUCUUCUCCAACAGAAAAUGAAGCCUAAAAGCUGCAGACACACUAUGUAUAGUAUAAUAUUUAAAAAAAAAUAAAAGACCAAAUUAGACAAUUGUAUCAAUUGAGAGGACCGGCAGUUGUCUAAUGCGGCAGUCUCUAUCAGUUUUUGUUUGGGGGGCAUGAAGGCAUCACUAAAUUUCAAAAUGACUUGUUGCAGGAUAAGUGUGUGCAUUCCAGAGAUGUAAAUAAAUCCCUGUGUCUAACAACACUUUAAUUAAGAAGUUUUACCAGAAAGAUUAAGGGUGAACUACCUCAUCCAGAGGACUGGCAGAAGAGGUAUAACGGUGGGGAACGAGGUGCUGAUGUGAUGGAGAUGAGCAAGUAGGAGCAUUUGGAAAUUGGACUGGGUUGCGUAGCAAAUUAGUUUUUAGUGGGGAGGCCACGAAGGGAUCUUUGAAUCAGAGCCUGUGAUUAGUAGGAAAGUUGCACUCAAUCCUCUUACCUGUUGAUUGUUGGAAGCUGUACCAAUGCUUUAGCCAGACAUUGCUCUCCAGUUAGUUAUCUGAAAAAUCAGUCAUUGGAUGGAGGACCAAGCUCAUCCAGGAGGUGGACCAGCUGAAGGCGUAAGGUGCUGCAUGAAGGGGAGAGGGAAUGGACAGGGAGGGGGGAAGGCAGGGUUGAGAGAUGGGGAGGAGUAGUGGUCUUAGUUGGUGGGAGCACUGCGGUGUGAAACUGUUUGUCUUUUUAAGGAACUCUUCAAGUGAAUCAGGACAUAACAGAGGGCAGGCUAAUGACUCAAAAUCAUGAAUUUAUCAAAGACCGAAUUGUGUCUUUUGAAUUUAAACACUUUGGGGGAGUUUAGAGGGCCCUUUGAAUUAUUAGCUGUUGUUGGGGACACAGGGAAGGGGAGGAACCUGCUGGGUACAAGUGCCUGACACACCAAGCAGGUGUAGUAUGCGCUCAACUCAAAUGCACUAUAGCACAAGCGCUUGGUCGCUUCAUGACGUUUUAUUUUUUUUAAGCUUAAUUUAAAAGUUAUUUUGUCCAGUAAGGAGCAUUUUUCAUUUGUUUUUAAUUUUCUGUGAUAGUUCUGCCUUCCUUUAACCAUGGUGAGUUGGGCCAUCUUAGAACAAAAGUGGACAAAAUGGAAUAAAAAUGUGUGGUUUUUCACUUCCUCACCCUGCCCCCACUAAAAGAUAGAUCUCAGAAGCAUCAUUCCAUUGUCUAGCUGCAGUUAAUGAAAUGGCACAUUUCUCUGAUUGUAAACACUACUUGAUGUAAAAUGCCAAGUUCUUGCAUUGCAUUCUCAAGGGGAUUACCACGGAAUGGGAUUGUGUGGACCUCUGCCUUCUAUUGCAUAAACCGUACUAACUUGUGCUGAAGUGGGAUGUCUGGACAAUCUUCAUUUUCCUAUAACAUUGCAUAUAUAUUAAAACAGUAAUAUAUUUACCACUAAAAGCUGGGCAUAAUUAGCUUCUUUGCACUUUCCAAUAGCGAGGCUGUUUAUAUAAUUUUAAUAUUUUUUAGGCUCUUACCUGUAAUAUCUAUGGGAGGUUAACCAGGAGCAGCUGAUUCCUCUCACAGUAGAUUGUUCCCAGGUUCCUUGCGCCAAGGAAGGAAAAGGCAAUGUGUCUGGUUUGUCUGGAGAAUUUACCUGGAAUUGUAUAACCAAGGUUGGCGUGGCUUUGGAGAAACUGCACACUUGGUCCACUGUUUCAUUUUUAAUUAUUUUUUAAAUUAAACUGCUGGAACCAAACAUGCAAACAAACUUUAAAUGGCUUUGAAGUUAACAGAACAAAAGGUUAAUCCAUAUAACUGUUGUAUAGCGGGAUGCUGAAUAAUCGUUACACAAACCUUGAAUCCCAAUUAAUGCUUAGUGGACUGUUUUCUGUCUUUGUCUCUUUCUAGAUCCCUCCUCCCCUCACUCCUCCUCUGUUCUCAGUGCAUGUUUGCCCUCACCCCAAUUUUCCUUUUCAGUUUUCCCUGUGAUUCACAUUUUUGUCUCCAUCUGCGCUCUAACUAUUUCAGUCUAAGUACUUCGAUUUUCUCCCUUUUACUGUAUCAGUCCAGCCAGUCUCCUGUUUCUUGGCUGUUUAAUUACUUUGUUCUCUUUCUCAAUCCCUUUCUUCAGUCUUGUGCUACUCUCUCCUAAUUCCUCUCUCCAUCCCAGUCAUCAUCAAUUGCAAUUUUGACUCAAGUACGUCCAAAGGAAUUGGCUUUUAAUUAUUCAAGUAUUCCUAUGAGAACUGAAGUGAUGUAAUUAUGCUGCUUAAUUUAAACAUUGCACUUGAAAGAGAUUACAGGAAGGAAGCAUAUUGGAAAUUCAGAAAUAAAUUUUAAAUGAAAAAGUUGAGAGGGGAGGUGUAUAUGAAUUUGUUUCUGUUUACUUCUAGGUUAAAAGAAAAAUUUGUAUUACAUGUCAGACUGAAAUUGUAACUGAGGAGAGUUUGGAUUUAGUUCAUGUUUAUGGCUUUAACCUGAUGCAGUCAUGUGGAAUCUUGCUUUUUCUUUAGUGCUGACAAAGACAAAAAUGUGUGUCUCCACAUACCGGCUUCAAUAAACGUGAAUCCAGACUCUCUGUGGCA